AUGGAACUGAUUACUAAGAGCAUAGUUCGACCCGUGAGCUACAACAAAGAUUCGGAUCGGGUUAAGAUCCAUCUUACACCAUGGGAUCUCUUCUUUCUUCAAUCCGAAUACUCACAAAGAGGUCUUCUCUUUACUCAACCCGACCCGGAAACCAACUUCAUCUCUCGCUUGACAUCAUCUCUCUCCGUCGCUUUAAAGAUCUUCUACCCAUUCGCCGGUCGUCUCGUCAAGAUUGAGAAUCAAGACGAUGGAACGUCGUCGUUUCACGUAGAUUGUAAUGGUUCGGGUGUAAGAUUCGUCCAUGCUUCAGCUACAUCUGUUUCGGUGAGUGAUGUUUUACAUCCCGUUGGUGGUAUUCUCCCUGAGUUAUUGAAAGAUUUUUACCCGGCGAACGGAGUUAAAAGCUAUGAAGGGAUCACUGAUUCGUUAAUCGCGGUUCAAGUAACAGAGCUGAAAGAUGGAGUUUUCAUUGCUGUUGGUUAUAGUCACAUUGUUACUGAUGGGACUUCUAUUUGGAAUUUUCUUAAUACUUGGUCGGAGAUUUGCUUUAACAUGUAUGAUUUCGAUCGUUCUAAAGAGUUUCCUCCUUUGGUUCACCGGGGAUGGUUUCUGGACGGGAUUGAGUAUCCAAUCCGGAUUCCGAACUCAAUGAUGGAGACACCAAAAGUGGUUGAUGAUACUACCUCAUCUUUGAUACUACAAGAGAAGAUUUUCCGAUUCACGAGUAAAAUCAUCGCUGAGCUCAAGGCGAAAGCCAACAGCGAGGUUAGUGCCAAUGACCGGAAAAUCUCGUCGCUUCAAGCAGUUUCGGCGUAUAUAUGGCUAUCGGUAAUUAGAAACAGUGGACUUAGUCCAGAAGAAGUGGUUUGUUGCGAGUUAUUGGUUGAUCUGAGACGAAGGCUAGACCCUCCCCUUGAGAAAGAGUGUUGCGGGAAUAUGGUUGGGAUCACCACAACGGCGACCACUGUCAAGGAGAUAGUUAGCAAUGGCCUUGGUUGGGCAGCUCUACAAAUCAACAAAAGUGUUGGGGCACAAACGAACGAAGUGUUUAGAGAGUUUGCGGAGAAAUAUGUAAAGAAACCGAGUAUGUUAGAUAUCAAUGCUUUGAGAAAUACUAUUGUAGUUACUAGCUCUCCUCGGUUCAAUGUGUAUGGAAAUGAUUUCGGUUGGGGUAAACCAAUCACGGUUCGAGGUGGACCGGGGAAUACUCAUGAUGGUGCACUCCUUGCUAAUCCGGGAAUAGAACAAGGAGACAUCGACAUGCAGAUGUGUUUAUCGUCUAGUGUUUUGGAAAAGUUAUCGACUGAUGCAGAGUUUUUGAAGCAUGUAUGUGUUGUAUAAGUAAAAUUAUCCAAAUCAAAUGUAUCUUUUUUA